AUGCUGCGGUACUUUCAAGACUUUCUUCGUAGCGGUCUCAUUGCACCCGAGCAGACUACACACAAGGCUCUAUCUGCCUUGCUCAAUGAGGAUGAUCCAGACGAAAAGAACAGGCUCACGGAGCAGUGGCGAGAUCACAAGCUAGCCGAGCUCAAUUUUAUUGGCGUUGUGGGCGCUUUACUAGCUGGUGUUCUGACCAGCACCGGUAGCUGGCCGUCGGUGCUGUCCAACGGCAAGACGCAGCCCUGGACGAUCCGAGCCCUCUGGUUCAGCGGCACCUUGUUUGCCCUCUUUGCCGUCCUCAUUGCCGCCAAGCAGAGCCUCAGUCUGCACCGGCUCAGCGGCCACCGCGAUGGUCUGCUCUACAUCCGGAGCUGCAUGUCGGGACAGGUCACGCGCGACGGCCGGGUCGAGCCCCGUCGCGCCCAGGUCUACGCUUGGCAGAUGAGCAUCCUCAUGCUCACGGCGGCCGUCUUCUGCAUGAUUUGCGGCAUCACGGUGCUCGUCUGGACGAGUGCCGAGUGGGGGCCGUCAAAGGAUGGCAACCAACAAUCGUGGUGGGAUGACAGCGCCAAGCUUGCUGUGACAUUUACAAUUGUCUUGGUGUUUACAUUGGGCAUUUUCUGCUUCACUCAGGCUUCGCUGGCGGUGAGCAGCGUGGUACAGGAUGACCGAGGGGGUAGACGGAGUCGCGACCAUCCAUUUGUCUUUCGCAGCGAAUCAUCAAACAUUGACGCAUGA